AAUUUAGUCGAAUCAAAAGGAAAAUUAAAAAGACAAUAUGAUGAAAAGGCAAAAGCUUUAAACGCUAUGGUGGGCGAUUCCGUUCGAAAAGAAAAGCAAGUUCGAGAAGGGAAAUUUGACAAAUAUCAUGAUGAUCGUCUUUAUAAGAUAAUAGGAUUUUCAGAAGGAUACAACGUCACCAAGGAAGGGUCUUUAGUUGAUCCAAGCGGAUAUGCACACGUUUAUACUGAUGGCUCUUGCCUGCGGAAUGGAAAGAGCUUAGUUUCAGCGGUUCUAGGAGUAUGGUUUGGAAAUAAUUAUCCAUUAAAUAUCUCCGAUCGUGCCAUCGGUCGUCAGACUAACAAUUCCGCAGAAAUCGAAGCUGCCGCUAUAGCUGCAAAACAAGCUGUAAGAGCAAAUAUUAGAAAAUUGACAAAGCAUUCAGAAUCUCAGUUCCUUGUAAAAGAGUACACGCAGUGUCUUCCGAAAUAG